UUCCAAAAAAUAUUAAUGAGUCCGGUCUCAAUCCAGCUGCCACCACCAAGACCACAAAUUUACCGGUCAUUAUUUUCAUCUUUUCAUUUCUCCAUCUAUAAAACGCCACCUUCUCCUACAUUCUCUCCAUCACUCGCCACCUCAUCGCCACCACUCCCACAACUCACCACCACCACAUCAUUCAUAACUGACUCACUCACCACAACCAUUAUUUUACGUUCCAAGAAAUUAAAUCCCCAUCCGAAUAUUUCUUCUUCGCAUUGUCGUCGUUAUUUCAAGAUUAUGGAACCUGGUUUUGAUAGUUGUGUUAUUCUCGGGACUUUCUUUGCCUCUCUUUUUGGGUUUGUUUUUCUUUACAAUUUGCGUAAGAAAAUCAAGAACAAGAAAAUUAUCAAUGGGAAUAGUGCGGCCACCUUGAAAACUGAGAAUUAUAAUGCACGGUUGCAUGAAAAUGGCUCCGCUGAUGACGUCAUUAUCGUCGGUGCCGGUGUUGCCGGUGCUGCCCUUGCUUAUACGCUUGGCAAGGACGGGAGAAGAGUUCGUGUAGUAGAAAGGGAUUUAACAGAACCUGAUAGAAUUGUCGGCGAGCUGCUUCAACCAGGCGGAUAUUUAAAAUUAGUUGAAUUGGGUCUUGAAGAUUGUGUAAAUGAAAUUGAUGCUCAGAGAAUUCUUGGAUAUGCUCUUUUCAAAGAUGGGAAAAAUACUAGGCUGUCGUAUCCGUUAGAAAAAUUCCAUGCUGAUGUUUCAGGAAGGAGCUUCCAUAAUGGUCGUUUUAUUCAGAGAAUGAGAGAAAAAGCUGCCACUCUUCCGAAUGUAAAGCUGGAGCAAGGAGCAGUGACAUCCCUUCUUGAAGAAAACGGGACUAUCAAGGGGGUUCAAUACAAAACCAAAGAUGGUCAAGAACUUAGAGCCUAUGCUCCUCUUACAAUUGUUUGUGAUGGCUGUUUCUCAAAUCUGCGCCGUUUUCUAUGUAAUUCUAAGGUAGAUGUGCCCUCUUGUUUUGUCGGUUUAGUCCUCGAGAACUGUCAACUCCCUUUUGCAAAUCACGGGCAUGUUGUCCUAGCAGAUCCUUCACCAAUCCUGUUUUAUCCGAUUAGCAGCACAGAGAUUCGCUGUUUAGUUGAUGUGCCAGGUCAAAAACUACCUUCCAUUGCCAACGGUGAAAUGGCCAAGUAUUUAAAGAAUGUGGUAGCGCCACAGGUUCCUCCUGUGCUACAUGAUGCGUUCAUAUCUGCAAUAGAUAACGGUAAUAUCAGGACGAUGCCAAAUAGAAGCAUGCCAGCUGAUCCCCUCCCGACUCCUGGAGCUAUAUUAAUGGGUGAUGCUUUCAAUAUGCGCCAUCCGUUAACCGGAGGAGGGAUGACCGUGGCACUGUCAGAUAUUGUUGUGCUUCGAGAUCUUCUUAAGCCAUUGCGUGAUCUUAAUGAUGCAGCUUCGUUGACCAAAUAUCUCGAAUCUUUUUAUACUUUGCGCAAGCCUGUUGCAUCAACGAUAAACACUCUGGCAGGUGCCUUGUACAAGGUGUUCUCCGCAUCUCCUGAUCAAGCGAGGAAGGAAAUGCGCCAAGCAUGCUUUGACUAUUUAAGCCUCGGGGGUAUAUUUUCAUCAGGACCUGUGGCCUUACUAUCUGGUCUAAAUCCACGUCCACUAAGCCUAGUGAUGCAUUUCUUUGCUGUUGCAAUAUAUGGUGUUGGUCGUCUGCUACUUCCAUUUCCUUCGCCUAAGGCUUUUUGGAUUGGAGGUAGACUAAUCUCGAGCGCGGCAGGAAUUAUUUUCCCCAUCAUCAAAGCGGAGGGAGUCAGGCAAAUGUUCUUCCCGGCCACUAUCCCUGCAAUAUAUAGACCACCUCCGAUUAAUGAUGCAUCGUAUGAUAAGCCAAAAUAAAGGUAGCAAUAUACUUAUUCUGCAAGUUUUCUCAUUGUCAAAUAUGCAAAUUGUAUCUGUUAAUAAGGUGGAAAGUUGAUUUUGGUUGCCUCGUUCGGGCAAACCAUUCUUCUUAGAAAUGAAGAUAUGUAAAUCUAUGAACUUCUUUAUGUCUUAGAAAAUUUUGUCGUA